CAAGAAUCGUCGAGAGUCAAUAAUAAAGAGUGGAAUUGUUGUAAAGUGUAUUAAAUUUCAUCAAUACUCAGAUAUUUUAUUUAUUUUUGUGUUAUUUUGCUCUGAACUUGUCAUGCCAAACAGAAUCAGGUGAACCGAACGAACACAUGUUAAAAAAGAGAGAAAAAUCCGAAAUGAAGGAAAAAUCGUUGGAAUGUGUGAAAAAAUGCCAAAAAUCCAAAGUUUCAUCAUUUGAAACACCCUAAAAGUGUCUGUUCGAUUGGACAUAAUAAGUGAACGCGCACACAAACAUCCAAACAAUCAAACAGUGAAACACAGAAAAAAAAAGUGAAUUGACAACCAGAAACAAUAGUGAAAACGAUUAUUUUAGAAGAAAAGGAAAAAAAGCGGUGGUGGUGGCAUCUUACAUAUUAACAAACAACACAAAAGAACAAAAGAAGGAAAAAAACGGCAACAAAAUAAACGAACAUGGGAAUAAAUAAACGGAUACAUUUCAAAUCGCUUGGCAGAUUGGAGGUUGUGUGGUUCUUUCUACAAUUUAUAACAAAAGUCAUCUGCCUACGAGACUUGAAUGUAAAAGUGCCAGAAGCCGUAGCCAUCGGAGACACAGUGACGCUAUCAUGCGAUUAUGACCUGGAAAGUGCGGCUCUCUAUUCCGUACGCUGGUAUUUCGACUCGGAAGAAUUUUAUCGGUACGUUGCGAAGGAACAACCACCUGGCCGGGAUUUUAACACGAACGAGUUGGAAGUGGAUUUGACGAAAUCGAAUGCCAGCACAGUGAACAUAAAAAAUGUAAAAAUAACACAAAGCGGGUUGUAUCAGUGCGAGGUGUCAGCAGAUGCACCCCUUUUUCACACCGAAAGUAGUGGCUCGCUCAUGACAGUUGUCGAGUUGCCAUCGACAGAACCUUUUAUAAUUGUGAAUAAUCCGCAGCCCGAAUUGAAUAGUAAUUUAAAUAAAAUACUCAUUUCUUAUGGAGAUAAUUUUAAGGUGACUUGCAUCUCGCCAGUAUCGCAUCCGCCCGUCAAUUUUACAUGGAGUAUAAAUAACGAAAGAUUUUCGGAAACAAAUUCCGGCGUCCGUAAAUCCGGUGAGUCGUGGUCCGAGUUAGUGGCAUUUGUUGACAAUCGCCUAUAUUCACCGCUCACGAAUCGCAUACUCAUCCGUUGUGAAACAAAUAUAUUUAAAUUGUAUCAUGGUGUGACAGAACAAGAGCUUUAUGUGGUAAAUAACCAUCACUACUACAUGGGUGACAGAAUACAUCCGACAAAUUACGAUCACCGGAAUGGGGGACGCGGCGAUCCCGAUAAUUCCGCGUUAACGGGCUUUUCCGUGCUAAUUAAGCCAAAUAAUAAUAUUGUGCUGAAAUUAUUGAUUUUAUUAGCUUUAUGGACAAUAUUUUGUUGCUGUUUGUAAUAAACUUUAUUUAUACAUGAAUUAACAUUAAUUAUAUUAAAAAUAUUAUUAUUAAACAAAACAAACAAUAAAAUUUAAAAAAAAAGUAUAGAAAAAUAAAU